GAGUCCAGACAUAUCCGGGCAAAGAGCCUCUACUACGAAAAGAUUACAUUGGUAUUUCUAACAUCUAUCAGUGUAUGCACUACAUAUCUUGCUUGGUAGGUAAUCAGGAAUCGUGGCUGCGGUUGGGGGUUGGGCGUCCUAGCGCUUCUUCAAGGGUAAUCUCUCGCUGUGCUCCUUCGCUGAUGCAAGCAUUGUGACAUAUGGCGUGCGACCACCCAAAACAUCAAACAUCAACAAUCAGUCACUGUUCCCCAACGGAUAACUUUGGUUCGCUUUUGUCAGCAGAUCCUCUCACCUCACAUGGCGCAAUCCAUUAUCACCAGCUUUCUAAGCCGGGAAGCUGAAGCAUGGCUUCGAACAUCACCUGUUCUUCACAUUCUCGUCUUGACAUGACACCUCCUGAUAUGAGAGAGCAUCGACACAUAUAGUUGUGAUCUGUUGUCUGUAUGAUAAUAUAUUGGUGAAGACGGUCUCGAAUAGAGUCGCGAUAUCACGGCGGAUCUGUACACGGAUAUUCCGGACUUGAACUCACAACUUCCCCCCCUCCCCCCGAAACGAAGUCAUAGAUAUGGCCCAUGACCCACAAGAUGAGCAGCGGCCUCUGCUUGCCGUAUCAUCUCCAGAUGAGAAUGGACAGGCCCCACGGCCAGAGCACGGCCGCUUGGAAGACGAUGUGAUCCCUGAGGAAUCAACACUUGGUCGAACGCUUGACUGGAAAAGUGCUUACGUGAUUGCUAUUAGCCGUGUCAUCGGGAGCGGAAUCUUCGCCGUGCCGGGCGUCGUCUUGAAGUCGGUAGGAAGCGUAGGCUUGUCACUGUCUAUCUGGGUUGUCGGCGCUAUUAUCGUCGCCGCAGGCUUGGCUGUCAGUCUCGAGUACGGCUGCAUGCUGCCGCGCUCGGGGGGCGAGAAAGUCUAUCUCGAAUUUACUUACACGCGACCGCGCUUUCUUGCCUCAACUCUCGUCGCCACCCAGGCCGUUCUACUAGGUUUUACGGCAAGUAACUGCGUCAUAUUCAGCCAGUACGUCUUCUUCGCGUUCGACAAGGAGCCUGCCGACCUAUGGCGCAAGGGGCUUGCUAUCGGCCUACUUACAGCUAUCACCGUAAUACACGGAGUCUGGUACCGGGCAGGCAUACGGAUUCAGAAUUUCCUGGGCUGGAUCAAAGUCGGACUGGUGAUCUUCAUGGUUCUCUCAGCCUUAUACGUCGUGGUUUUCCAGCCGGCACAUAGCAGUAGUAGCCCCGACGAAGCACCUAUGACACCGUUCAGAUAUGAGGGCUGGGAAGGUCUGUGGGAGGACAGUGACUGGAGCUUCGGGACCAUUGCUACCUCGCUCUUCAAGGUUUUUUACUCGUAUGCCGGGCUCACAAACCUUAACAAUGUCUUGAACGAGGUCAAAGACCCAGUCAGGACGUUGAGAUCGGUCUCGCUGUCCGCCCUCGUCACAGCUUGCUUCCUCUACCUGCUGGCCAACGUUGCGUAUUUUGCAGUGGUACCCGUAGAGGAGAUCAAGCAGAGCGGGCAGCUUAUCGCCGCGCUUUUCUUCGAGCGCGUGUUCGGCCAGAAUCUAGGCAGACGGUUCCUUCCCCUUGCCGUAGCCAUCUCUGCAGCUGGUAAUGUCAUGGUAGUUACUUUUGCACUCGCCCGACUCAAUCAGGAGGUAGCGCGAGCAGGCUUCCUUCCAUUCUCGAGGUAUCUCUCGUCUUCAAAACCAUUUGGAGCCCCCUUGGGUGGUCUCAUCGUCCAUUAUAUCCCCUCCGUUCUCGUCAUCGCCCUGCCACCUACGAGCGAGGUGUACUCCUUCAUUUUAGAAGUAGAAGGGUACCCGGGUCAGAUCUAUGGCCUCGCUAUUACCAUUGGUCUCAUCUGGCUGCGGUACAAGCGGCCUGAUCUCAAACGGCCUUUUAAAGCUUGGAUGCCGGCAGUUUACUUUAGAGCUCUGUUUUGCGUCGCGCUGUUAGCAGCACCGUUCUUCCCGCCUUCCAAACCGAAUCCUGGCCAGCUAUGGUAUGCAACAUACGCUGUUGUCGGAGUGGGGAUCAUUUUGUUCGGAAUUAUAUAUUGGCUAACGUGGACGAUUAUCUUACCACGUCUCGGAGGCUAUAGACUAGAGGAGAAAGAAGAUAUUUUGGACGAUGGUACUACCAUCACCGUGCUUACACGAGUACCAAAGGUCAGAUAAGAAUUAUAUAUACUGCAAGGCUGAUCAGCUAAGGAACUAGGGCGUUGCUGAAUGUGAAGUUACAACGCCGAUGAGACGAUUAGAGGCUAUAUGGGUAUGGUCAAAACUCCAUAUCGCCAUGACAUACGCUCAGUUAGUUACGGUCGGUUCCGUACUCGAUCCAUCUUCUACGCCUGCGAUUUGUUCGGAAGAAUGAUAUAAAAGUUUCUAGUAGGAGGAGGAC